AUGAAAUCACUAUCAAUGCAGCUGGCGUGUCUUUGUGUCUUGACAUGGACACCAACAAAUCAAGGAUUUCUUCCUGCUGGCCAUCAUGACUAUUAUUCUUCUCGGAGUCAUUCCACCACCACAGCCGUGUCCCGAUCAUCAACUCCCUUGUAUUAUGUAUCCAAAGGGUUCAACGACAUUGAUAUUGAUGAUGUUUUGGCUCAAACUGAACAAGCGCUCAUGCUCGCCCAAGACAACCUUUCCUCCUCGGACUCCUCUUCGAUAGAAAGGGAACUUUCUAAUAUUUCAAAAAUGCAAAAGGAACUGGGAAAUGACAAUCAUAGCAAAUCCAUGAAGAAGAAAAAAACAAAUGUGAAAUCACAGACUAUUGCUUCACCCAAGGCUUCUUCUCAAUCAAUAUUUGGCAAUUGGGUCCAAAAGGCAACACACAAAAUGAAACCAGCCAACGCAACCGCCGAUCAAAAAGAAGUAAAGAAGGAAGAGUCGGCAAAAGCCAAGCACCAGAGCACGGUCAUCAAGGAGAAUUUCCACAAGAAAUUCCAGCAAGCCUCUCAUUCAGCUGGCAAGGUCAUUCAAGACGGCUUGGAAUCCAAAGAACUAGACGAUCUAAAGAAAAAGGCGACGAAGACAAUCAUGGAUAGCAUUUCGAAACACAAGAACAAGAAGACGAACAAACUUAUUGACGUCUCGGAUCGAGAUAUUGACAUUACAGAUGUUCUUGCAGAAGCCGAAGCUGCACUGCUUGCUGCCGAGUCAAUGGAACUGACAUUGCCAGCCAAGAAGGACGAGGAGAAGAAGCCAAAGGCAAAGACCAGCUUUUUCUCAUCGAUGGUAACCUCAAAGGAAAGUACCAAAGUUGAUAAGAAGAAGAACAAACUCAUUGACAUCUCGGAUCGUGAUAUUGACAUUACAGAUGUUCUUGCAGAAGCCGAAGCUGCACUGCUUGCUGCCGAGUCAAAGGAAUCGGCAUUGCCAGCCAAGAAGGACGAGGAGAAGAAGCCAAAGGCAAAGACCAGCUUUUUCUCAUCGAUAGUAACCUCAAAGGAAAGUACCAAAGUUGAUAAGAAGAAGAACAAACUCAUUGACAUCUCGGAUCGUGAUAUUGACAUUACAGAUGUUCUUGCAGAAGCUGAAGCUGCACUGCUUGCUGCCGAGUCAAAGGAAUCGGCAUUGCCGGCCAAAAAAGACGAGGAGAAGAGACCAAAGGCAAAGACCAGCUUUUUCUCAUCGAAAGUAACCUCAAAGGAAAGUACCAAAGUUGACACAACAAAUGGUAACGUGAAUGACGUUGUGGGAGAAGCAAUGGCUUCAAUGUCCGAAACGAUACCUGAGAAAACACCACCAAUAAAAAAAGAACCAAAGCAGCAAUCAGGAAAGAACUUCAAAGGCCCACCAGAAAUGAUUGACAUCAGUGACCGUGAAACUGACAUUUCUAAUGUCAUGGCCGAAGCUGAGGCAGCCUUGAUGCGUGCAGAAAGUGCCAAUGCGGCAUUGUCCACUUCUGUUCCUGAAGCCGCUACGGAAGCUGUUCUACCUCCACACUCCACAAAGGAUGGAUCCAUGCUGUCACAAAAGUGGAGUGACAGCAUCAUAGCAGCACUAAAUCAGUGGAAUGAAGGUGCAGCUCCCAUUCGAAAAUCGAACCGUGCCAUCCUGCUCUACAAUAUGGUGCAGUUCAUGAUAGUACACAGGGACUUGGUGGCUGCGGCGGUUACACAAAGUGCAAUGUUCAUGCAAUCGCAAAAUCAUCGCCUGAGUCCGAUUCGUAAGAAGAAUCGAUCCAAUGUGGCCCACACAACUGUCCAAUUUGCAGUCUUGCAUAAGAUAUUGGUGAUUGAGGCCGCUCAGGCAGCUAUGAAGUUUGCUCAAAAUCAGAACCAGAAAAUUAGACCCAUUCGCAAGGCCAAUCGUGAUGCCCUUGUUCGUACCUUUGUCCAGUCUAUUCUGCUGCACAAGAUUCUCGCUAUUGGCGCACGACAUGGUAUUGCCAGUUGGGUUCGUGCCCAGAAUGCAUGGAUGGCACCCAUCCGGGUCAAGAACCGACAGAAUUUGACUCACAGCUUGUCUCGUUUCCUUCUACUCCAACGUCAUCUCUUUCGAUAUGCAAAAGCAAAUCUUGCAGUUUGGUGGUCGCUGGAAUCCAAACGCAUGGCAGCCAACCGGGGCAUCAAUCGUGACAUUAUAUCUCAUGACUUGGUAGAGGCCAUGAAGGUACAGAAGAAUUUCCAUCAAGGGCUCCGGGCUGCUCCCUCCAACCUGAGCGCCAUUUUAUCAAGAGUGCUAGCAAUUCUACUGGAGCAAAUCAAGGAAGAUGCACAGCCAUCUACUCCAGAAUCUGUCUUGGAGAGCACAUUCUAA